UGUGUAAUUUGGGAACAGUUUAUACUAGAGAACUUGAAAAAAGGACCAAUAGGACAAACACUACUAUUGUUGUUUCUCUUUUCAGGGUGUGUUCUCAACCCACCAUGGUGAUUUUCAAUAACACUACAUCAUCUUCCUCAAACUUCCUACUCACUGCAUUUCCUGGUCUGGAACUUGCACAUGUCUGGAUCUCUAUUCCUGUCUGCUGUCUCUAUGCCAUUGCCCUCUUGGGAAACAGCACGAUUCUGUUCGUCAUCAUUGUUGAGAGGAGUCUUCACAAGCCCAUGUACUAUUUCCUCGCCAUGCUGUCAGCUGUUGAUCUAUGUCUGACCAUCUCAACCCUUCCCACUGUUCUUGGGGUUCUCUGGUUUCAUGCCCGGGAGAUUAGCUUGAAAGCUUGCCUCAUUCAAAUGUUCUUUGUACAUGGCUUCUCCUUCCUGGAGUCUUCAGUGCUGGUAGCCAUGGCCUUUGACCGCUUCAUGGCUAUCUGUAACCCACUGAAGUAUGCUAUUGUCUUCACAGACAUGAUAGUCUUGUUGAUUGGACUGGUCAUCUGCAUACGGCAAGUAAUUUUAAUCUUUCCCAUGAUUCUAGCCUUGACGAGAGUAUCUUUCCACGGAGGCCAAGAGGUUUCCCACCCAUUUUGCUACCAUCCAGAUAUGAUUAAAUACACAUAUUCCAACCCCUGGAUCAGCAAUUUUUUGGGCAUGUUUCUUCAGCUCUACCUGACUGGCACUGACUUACUGUUCAUUCUUUUCUCCUACGUUCUGAUUCUCCGAACCGUCUUGAGUAUCGUGGCCCCUAAGAAACAACAAAAAGCUCUCAGCACUUGUGUCUGUCACAUCUGUGCUGUCACUGUUUUCUAUGUGCCAAUGAUCAGCCUGUCCUUUAUACACCGCCUUUUCAGCUCCACCCCAAAAGUGGUCUGUAACAUUUUGGCCAAUGUUUAUUUGUUCUUACCACCUGUACUGAACCCUGUCAUUUACAGCUUGAAGACCAAGACCAUCCGCCAGGCUAUGCUCCAGCUGCUCCACUUUAAGGGCUCACAGGGCCCCAGUGUGAGGAGUCAUAGAGGACCCUGGGGUUGA